UCGAUACUUUUCGUUGUCUGCUUUUUCGUUCUCUCCCCUCCAUUGGCCCCUCAUGGCGUCCCAAAGCGACUUCUUCUCGGCUAUGACCAGCCGGUCGCUCCGCAACGUCCGAUCGGAACUCGAGUUCCUCGCAGAUUUAUCAGUCAUUACUCCCCAACAACUCUCAUUGAUUCUAUCGCAACUACCGAGGGAGGAUGAGCGCAGCAGAGCCCCCGUGCCUCAGCAGCAACCGCCACCUGUGCAGCAACCACCGGUGGUUGCCCAGCAGCCCCCGGCCCCAUACUCUCCUCCUACGAACCAGUUUGCGAACACUUCUCUGAACGAAAAGGCCACUUAUCAACAGCCUCCUCCGCAACAGUACUCAACCCCGUCUAUUCCGCCACCCGCUUAUCCCCAAGCUCCGCCGGUGCUGUCUGUCGCUUCGGCGCUCUAUGCUUAUACCCCGACGGAUCCGGGAGACUUGGCUUUGCAACCCAAUGAUCGUGUCCAAGUUUUGGAACACAUGAAUGCCGACUGGUGGCGUGGUCGUAAUGAGCGCACCAACCAGGAGGGUAUCUUCCCUCGGAGCUACGUGAAUGUGCUAAACGAAAAGGCCGUUUCGUCUCCUCCCCCGACCAACUACGGAAACAUGCCUCUCGAAGUUAGUCAGGGUGGCUCAACGCCCGGUGAAGAUGGCAAGAAGUCCAAGUUCGAGGAGCAGGGCAAGAAGUUUGGCAAGAAGAUGGGCAAUGCCGCCAUCUUCGGUGCCGGUGCUACCAUGGGUUCGAAUCUGGUGAAUAGCAUUUUCUAAAUGCUUCAGCCAGUCGAUAUUUGGUUUGUUCUAGGGCUUUACAGAAUGGCGUCCUGUGAUGUUUCUUUCGCUCACCUUCAUUUCGUCAUGGAAACGGCGUUGGUGGUUCGAUUCUUUUCCUAUGCUUAGUCGGAAAAACCGUUUAGUUCGGGUCAGUUGGGAUAGCGCGUCGCAGAUUGCUUGGGUUAAUGAUCGAGGCAUUUUUAGUCAUAGAAGUAACUGGGAUGUGUUUUCCAAGCGAAUUGUUUCGAUCCGGUCACCACUCUAGUUUCAGCGAUGGAGUGACAACUUAUCCCCCGAACUUUAAGCCUACCCCAUCUUUCCCCCCCUGUUAUCUUCGCUCGCUUUUAUCUUUGCGAUCCGCGCCCAUGCCUGAGGCUUUGUAUCAUACCUAAGGCCCCAAUCCAUGCCUUAGGCUAUGUAGUACUAGAUCCUCCUUAUAAAGCCC